AUCUCAACUAUUCAAAUGCUGUACGAUCCAAGUAACGCAACAACGAUAACUGGAGGGACGGUGGCUGAAUAUUAUCAACGCUACCUAGACUGGAAUAGUACAGCAAUGUACGGUACAAAUGUAUGGGGAACACCGGGCUAUGACUCAGUCUGGGCUGUGGCACUGGCGUUAAAUAAUAGUAUGCAAGAAAUUGAAAAACAGGUUAUCUAUGAUGACAAUGGAACUUUUAUUCGAUAUAAACGACUUGAAGAUUUUACGUACUCUGAUGAUGUCAUGCUGAAUGCGUUCAAAUCGGCGAUGAACAACGUGUCAUUUCACGGUGUUACCGGUCCACUACAAUUUGAUGAACACGGUGAAAGGCAAGGAACAGUUAUUGUUCACCAAACUCAAGGGGGACGGCGUGUGACGGUAGCGUUGUAUCGUGAUGUCAGUGCAACGUUGGAAUUUGAUAACAACCCCAUACAGUGGAUGGCUGGCCCGCCAGUCGAUGGAAUGACGUGGUACAUAGAAGAGCUGAGAGUUGGUCUACCUAUCUACAUCACAUUCUGUGUACUGGCUUCGCUAGGUCUUGUAAUGGCGCUGUUCUUUCUCGUUAUGAAUAUUGUAUAUCGAGACCACGGGUGAGCUACCGCGUUUGACUUGUUCAGUAACUUGAACUUACAAAAUUGAUUAAAACACCGUGUAUAAAACAA